GAGAAAGGAAGAUUACAAAGUUUGACAAAGCUUCUCUACUCUCUCACUUUGAUAUCUUCACUCUUUCUUCUCUUUUCUUAUCUACCCACCAUGGGUGGUGGUGAAAACCACCGUUACCACCACCACAAGAAGAUGAACAUGAACCCCCAUGAUCAAGAAAGGAACACAUUCCUUCCAAUGCUAUGUUCAAGACCUUCCAUCAAAGACGUGUCUCUCCCAAGAUGGAAGAACAACCCUCCAUCAUCAUCAUCAUCUUCUUCUUCUUCUUCAAACGAGCCUUUGUCACCAAGAAUUGGUUGCAUGGGUCAAGUGAAGAGAAACAACAAGAUUGCAGGCUUCCCAACUUCUUCAUCAAUCUCACACAGACUCAUCACCACCACAACCACUUCAUCUUCAUAUUCUUCACCUUCACCAGUUUUCAUCAAAUACACAAAACUCAAGAGCAUCUUCAUCACUCCCAAACACUUUCUCAACACUCCCACAAGAACAAGAACAACUACUCCUACUGUUAUUAAGCAUCAUCAAAGGGUAGUUGGAAAGAGUAGUGGCCAUGGGGUUAAUAGUGAAAGUGGGAAGAAGAAUCUUGGUUGUUCAUCAUCUUCAUAUUCUAUAGUAAGCAUUGAUGAGAUGGAUCCUCCAUUGCCAGUGCAGAUAAAGAAGGAGAAGGAGAAGGUGGGAGAAGAUAAAGAUAGUCUUUGGAAAAGGAGAAAAUCAGGUUCACUCCAAAGCUUGCAGCUUCAACAACACCAUCCAAUCAUUCCUCUUCACCCUACAACUCUUUGAUUUGAUUUCUUUUCAUGGGAUUACUUCUUUUCUUUCUUCUAUGUGGAAUCUUCACAUAAAAGUUAAAAGACUAUGCAAGACAGAUCCAGAGUUUUUUUUUUUUUUUUUUUGGGUGGAGGAGUUGAAUUUCUUUGUUAUUUUUUUCUUAAUUUUUGAAACUAUCAUUACUUACUUCAGAUAGGAUGUAAAUUCAUUUCUUUCUUUUUUAUUGUUUUUUUCAGUUUCCAAUUUGAAGUGUUGCUUGGUAAUGGUAAUGGUUCCAUAAUUUUUAUGGGAUAUGUGAGGGAUCAUGUUAAAGUGUCAAAGAUCUAGGCUUGUAUAUUUACCAAAAAUAUGAAAGCAAAAAAAAAAAAAGAAACUGAGACUUCAUUUGUAAGGGUUACAA